AUGCCCGAGGGCCCUGAGCUCCACCUGGCCAGCGUUUAUGUGAACAGAGUCUGUGAGGGCGUGCUCUUCUCCGGAGCCGUGCGUAAGUCCGAGGUUAGCAAGAGCCCCGAGGUUCCCUUCAGCGCCAAGGCCUUCCACAUCACCGCCGCCUCCAGAGGGAAGGAGGUCAAGCUCAGUCUAACGCCCGUGGGCAGGGACGGGAAAGCGGUGACAUCACAGGGGGACAAACCCAUGGAUAUUGUGUUUCGCUUCGGGAUGUCUGGGCUGUUUAAGAUGACGGCAGAGGACGAGAUGCCAAAACACGCUCAUUUAAGCUUCUACACCAAAGAAAAGCCGCGUAGAGUGCUGAGUUUUGUGGACACCCGGCGGUUUGGGACCUGGCACCCGCACGGGACCUGGCAACCGGACCGAGGGCCGUGUGUGAUGUUUGAGUAUAAAAGUUUCAGAGAGAACGUCUUGUCGCGGCUGUCGGACCGAGCCUUCGAUCGACCGAUCUGUGAAGUCCUGCUCAAUCAGAAAUACUUCAACGGCAUCGGGAACUACCUCCGAGCUGAGAUCCUGUUCAGGUGA